CGGCCACCAUGGAAGCUUUUGAAACCUAUCAGACUCCACUUUCGAGCCGUUAUGCAAGCAAAGAGAUGGCACAUCUCUUCUCUUCGUCUCAUCGAUUCAACACCUGGCGCCAACUUUGGCUGAAUCUUGCGAUUGCGGAGAAGGAGCUCGGUCUGCCGAUCUCUGAUGAAGCCAUUGAGCAAAUGAAAAACAAUCUUGAACUCACUCCCGAGCAAUUCGACGUUGCCGCGAAAGAGGAAAAGAAGCGCCGGCACGAUGUUAUGGCGCACGUUCAUACUUUUGGUACGGUCGCCCCAGCGGCAGCCGGUAUCAUCCACCUCGGUGCAACUUCCUGCUAUGUCACAGAUAACGCCGAUCUCAUUUUCUUGCGUACGGGGCUUGACUAUCUGAUCCGUUCGCUGUCUGUCCUAAUUUCGCGGUUGUCGGCUUUUGCUGAGCAAUAUCGUGAUCUGCCUACGCUGGGCUUCACCCACUUCCAGCCAGCGCAGUUGACAACUGUUGGCAAACGUGCUACUCUGUGGAUUCAGGAACUUCUCUGGGAUCUCCGCAAUCUGAAACGUGCCCGAGAGGAUCUCGGCUUUCGUGGCGUCAAAGGCACCACCGGGACGCAAGGCAGCUUCCUAACUCUCUUCGACGGAGACCAUGCGAAGGUCGAAGCCCUCGACAAACGGGUGACCCAGCUCUCUGGUUUCGAUUAUGCCUACCCGGUCACGUCGCAAACCUAUUCGCGGAAGAUCGACAUCGAUGUUCUCGCUCCCCUAGCGUCUCUUGGCGCCACUGCUCACAAACUUGCGACGGAUAUCAGACUAUUGGCCAACCUGAAGGAAAUCGAAGAGCCAUUUGAGUCGACGCAGAUUGGGUCUUCGGCGAUGGCAUACAAGCGCAACCCGAUGCGUUCUGAGCGAGUGUGCAGUUUGUCCAGACACCUGAUGGUGCUGCACCAGAAUGCGCUCAUGACUGCCGGCGUGCAAUGGUUUGAGCGAACGCUCGAUGACAGUGCAAACCGGCGGAUUACCCUUCCGGAGGCCUUUCUGACCGCCGACAUCGUCCUCUCGACUCUCCAAAACAUCUCUGAGGGGCUGGUCGUAUACCCGAAAGUGAUCGCCCGCCGGAUCAGCCAGGAGCUUCCGUUUAUGGCGACAGAGAACAUCAUCAUGGCUAUAGUCAAGAAAGGCGGAGAUCGUCAAGAAGCCCACGAGAAAAUCCGGGUUCUUUCGCACGAAGCUGCGCAUCAAGUCAAGCAACUGGGGUUAGAAAACGACCUCAUCGAACGUGUUCGCCGGGAUGCCUACUUUGACCCGAUCAAAGACGAGCUCGACGAGUUGCUCAGGCCGGAGAGUUUCAUCGGCCGUGCGCCUGAGCAGGUGACCUCGUUUAUUCAAGAAUGGGUGCAGCCAGCUUUGGCAGACGCGGUGUCGCAGGAAGCCAUUCGCAGCAGCGUCAAAGUAGAAUUGAAUGUCUGA